AAUUAUAAAAAUGAUUCUAAACAAAGAAUUACUGUGUGUAAACAAAAUAAAGCCAUCUUUGCUCCACCGAGCAGUACGAGACUCAGACCAUUUAAAAAUCGACCAACUCCUGGAGGAUCCAUCAACCGAAAUCAAUAAAAACAUCUACUAUUGGGACACAGCACUGCACCUAGCAGUGCGCAACAGCGACAUCUCUUUGAUCUCAAAAUUAUUGGACCAUGGUUCAAAAAUAAACGAACUGUCCUUCGCAGAAGGUUACUCACCGCUGCACCUGGCAGUGAUGAGCAAGAACCUGGUUGUCGUGGAGCUUUUAGCCAGGCGAGGUGCAGACGUAAACGGAAUGUCGACGAAUUAUAACCAGAGGUUCAACGCGGACAUCAACGGUAUCCAUGUCAAGAGUAGGGACAUUAACAAACCUUCAGUUGGAACUAAAGUCAGAGAUUAUUACUACAAAACUCCUCUUCAUGUUGCGGUGGUGUACAACCAGCUGGAGACAGUAAGUUAUUUGCUGAAUCUCGAGCAAGUAGACAUCAAUGCGAUCGACAACCUCUACGCGAGCAAGUACGCUUCGUUGCUGUACGAAGCGAUGAGGCAAGAGUGCUUGGAAACCUCCAGGUUGCUGCUGGAUGCCGGGUUGAAUGUAAAUGCUGUUAAUGAGGAGAACUGCUCUGUCCUGGAGUGUAUUAACCAGCCGCAUAAUGACUCCUGGAGAAGGUCUGGGGAGAAUCCUUGUGUGGUUGUUGUUAAAAAACAUCUUGUAAAGCUGGAUGUCAUUGAUCACCAUCUCAUCCAGCAGAACCUCAAUGCGAUUAGUGGACCUGAGCUUGAUGAAUUUAGGAAAGACUGUCUCAAGGAGAUCCAGGUUCUUAGGAGAACUAGAAUUGAUGGCACUAAUUUAAGUUAUUAUUGCGUACUAUUUAAAUCUGAGAGAACUCUUGCCGUCUUUUCGAGAAAUGUUAAUCAAAGUGUUAAUAAUUAUGAUGAUCUGGUUAGGAGGUUGCCUAUUUAUGGCGGGAUUAUUUAUUUUAGGCUCAAGCAGGUCUUGAAAAGGUGCAGGUUACUCAAAAAAGCUGAAAAGAGUAUUUUUGAAAUAUUUAAAAUCUUGCCUGACACUUUUGUUAGGGAAAUUUUUUUGUAUUUAAGCAACGAGGAUCUUAAAGUUUUGAUUGCU